ACUUAGGGAAACAGGAAGUAAAACUGCAGCGCCAGCUGACGUGUACAAAGCAUGAAACUCAAAGAAAUGACAGACGCUCCAAAAAGUAAAAAACUAGUUUUAGUGAUAUUGUCUGUCGGUUUCAUUAUAAAUGGGAGCUCAUCAUCAAAGAUAUCAGAUUUACGUCUGUGUGGUGACAAGGAAUGCAAGACAACCUUAUCAUAUGGACGUACCCUGGCUAAACACAUGCAGAAUGAUCCAAUCUUCCUAAACUUUGAGAGAAAUGUGAUGUUGGAAAUUACAAGUAAAUCCGCUGGAGAUCGUCCUGAUUUGUGGGGCGGGAGAUUAGACGGGAAGACUGGCUAUUUUCCAAGAUCUUUUGUGAGGGAAUACAAAGUUGAAAACCCAUCUCCACAAUUUAUUGUGCCAACAGAGUUCUCGGAGGGAAAAGUUAUUGAGCUUCAGGAAAAGCCUGCCAUGCCCCCAAACAAAGGUGAAGAUGACACAGAAGUUGAAGAGGAGGAAGAUGAUACAGAGGUGGAAGAUGAGGAAGAUGACCUGUGGUGGGAGGAUGAUAAAGAUAAAGAAAAUGCAAAAAAAGAUGAGCAGAAAGAACAAGAAAAACCUUCUCCUCCAAGUCCAGGGCCUUCAAAAGACGAUAAACAAACAGAACAGAAAGACAGCAUUAAAGGAGAGCAGACGGAGGAGAGCCAGGGUACAGCUAGCCAACAACCAGGGGGAGGGGAGGAGAGUCAGGGUACAGCUAGCCAACAACCAGGGGGAGGGGAGGAGAGUCAGGGUACAGCUAGCCAACAACCAGGGGGAGGGGAGGAGAGUCAGGGUACAGCUAGCCAACAACCAGGGGGAGGGGAGGAGAGUCAGGGUACAGCUAGCCAACAACCAGGGGUAGGGGAGGAGAGUCAGGGGACCCAAACAAAGGUAGAGGAAAUUGUCCCCAUACCCAGUGGUGAGAAAGACCCCACAGAGGCCAAGGAGACAAAAGAAGGACAAAACAUCCCCCAAAAUAAAGCCAAUGAAGAAGAAGGCAGUCAGCUUCAUAUUAAAAAAGAAAAUAGGGUGAAGGAAAAGCUGGAUGAAUUAAGAGAGUCAUUAUUCUCUCUGCACAAUAAUGAUGAUGAAGACAAAGUUAAAAUUGAUGAAUUAAACAAAAUGUUGGAGGAAGGAUCUAAAAAGAAAGAACCAGAGUCAACUACGGAAUUACCCUCUACAGGUUCCAAAGAAAAAUCAGACUCUACGACAGACUCAGACCAGGGACUGUCUCAAAAGGUAGAAGCUGAACAGGGACAGUCUCAGAAGAUGGAAGCCAAACAGGGACAGUCUCAGAAUGUAGAAGCUGAGGUACAAACAGAUGAUGAGGGACUGAAACUUCCCGGACUGUCAGAUUUACUAAAAGAAGGAGUAGAUGAUACAAAAAAAGUGUCAGAGGAUCCUAAACCCCCCGAGGAAGAUGAGACAGAGAUUGCCGAUGAAACUGAGAUAAGUAAUGAGGAAAGCAGAACUGAGGCUAAACAGGAAGUGAAAGAAGAUGUUGGGAAGGAUGCUGACAUUGUACUUCCUGAUGGUUUACCUGUUGGUCCUCCUAUGACUGACAAGGAAGGUCUUUCAUCAGUACAGGGGAACACAGGGGCAGGGAUCCAGCCAUCUUCUGUAAUACAGAAUAAAAAGGAAGAAGAGACACUUCUUCAGAGUUCGUUUACUUCAGAAGAAAGUGCUGCCAAAACUGUGGAGCAGAGAGCAAGUAGUACAAGUACUCCAGGGCUGACAGAAACACAUUCCUCAGUGACAGAGUCCUCCACUGUAAACGAGGCCCCACAGCAGACAGCUAUGGAGGGUUACACCAUCAUUGAUGGAACUCCAUUCCCACUGGAUAUGUUUGAAGACCCCACUUCUACAGAAAAUGUUGUAAAGCAGACAGAAUCAGUAGUGUUGUCCUCCACACCUACUCAGCAGCACACUUCAACUGUGUCGGUGGAUCAUAUCUUAACUUCAUCCGAACAAGAGAAGGCAGAGCAAAUCACUGCAGAGUCUAAGACAGCAUCUGAAUCUUUGGAACAAAGUUCUCAACCUCCUGUUGUGUCAUCUCAAACAAAAACAAUUGUAGAAUCAGUCAGUCCUGAUACUGCUUCCUCAGCAGAUAUUGUUCCAACAGUAACUGAAGGUGGUACUGAGGCUUCAAAAAUGGAUGUGGAAUCCCAAAAAGUGGAGAAAAUACCAAUAGAUUCUAAACAUUCUGUUCCUGAUACAAGCAAGGAGGUAGGAGAAAUAAACACUGAACAACUUCAGAAGGAAGCAGUCAAGCCAGGAAACUUGACAGGUUUGCUAGAAAAUGCAAAUGAUACAUCAUCUCAAGUAAAAAAUGCUCAAGCUGAAGAUACUGAAGAAAAGACUGCUGCAGAUCUUAAACAGAAUAAUGAGGCAAACUUGCAAAAAAUUGAAACAGAGGUUAAAGAAAGCUCAGAAAAUGUCACAGAUACCAAUAGAAAAACAGAAGGUGAACAGAAAACAGCAGAAACUGAACAAGAGCAAAAACCAUUGGAAUCCAGUGAAGAACCAAACUUGUCAGUGCUGAAGUUUUUGGGUGAGGAAGAUACCAGUCCUGAUUCAGGUAGUGUUGAUGAAAAUGUGAGAGAAAUGAGCAUUCCUGAUGAUGGGGAAAAGACCAGAGAAGAAGGAAAACAGGAGCAGAUAAAGAGAGAGAUGACUGAUAAACCCAUCCAGGAGCAGACGACAGCUUCAGCUGUUCCCUCUACCUCCCCAGUAGAACAGCUUAUGUCUUCCAUGGAGAGUGAUUACAGAAUGGACAACAAAGAGAUAAUUGACAACACAAGAAAUACAGCCAUUGCUGGUGACCAACAGAAUGCCUCUAAGACUGUUGUUGACACUGAUCAUUUAAAGAUUGAUCUUCCCACCACUGUGGAUGCUUACUCUACUGCUGACUUCUUAUCUAGGAAACCACUGUCACACGAGCCUCACAAACUCCCACACUCUGUCAAAGAAGAAAGCAAGCCAGAUGUAAUACCUAAAGAUGGAGGUGAUCAGAAAGAGGAAACAGUCACAGAGUCCCCUCUUCUGUCAACAACUCAAUCAGAGUCAAAAACCUCUGCAGACAAAGGAAAUAUGGAAGAGAAUAAACAGGAAACAGUAACUGAAAGUCCAGUAGUAUCAACAACAGUGUCAGGUAGUGAUGAAGGAGAAAUUCCCCCACCACCUACAGAAUCUACUACACCAUCUAGUUUUGGUCAGUCUGCCAGGGAACCGGCACCAAAAGCUGAGGAGGUCUUUAUUCCUGGAGAAGGUGGUCAAGGUUCUACCACAUCCAAGGAAGACAUUCAGUCAUCUUCAACAGAGACAGUGUCCACAACAGAGACAGUUCCUAAAGACUCAGAGUCAGCACCACAAGGAGAGCAGGACUCUACAACAGAGGCAGUUAAAGACUCAGGGUUAAAUGAGCAGGAGGAGUUUAUGUCUCGGAAGAUCAAUGAUGCAGGUUUGGAGGAGCAGGAAGAUAUGGCCUACAAAGCUGAGAUGAAGGGAGACCGAUUCCUAAAGAGCUUAAUCACAAAGCUUCCCCCCUCAGUGCAGGCCCUGCUAGAACAGGAACCAUUAGGACUGUCUCCACAGAUGACCAUUCUUGUCACCAUAGUUACCAUAGCAUCCCUGGUGAUUGUCACAUGCUGCAGUGUCAUUUUAGGGGGAGGCAGGAAAACUAAGAAACAAGACCCUGUUGUUGUGGUUAGAGGCCUGGAAGAGAAGUUGUUCAUACUUACCAAAGAGAAGGAGAAUUUGGAGGAUGAACUCAGUGCCCUUCGGGAGAAGAUGGAUGGUAUUGAGGAGGAUAAGAAGUCCACACAGUCAUCUGUCGGGGACAUUCAGAAAGACUUACAAACACUGCAGCUCCACAACACUGCCCUGAAGGAACAGGUAGAAACCAUGUCUGAGGAAAACACAGAGGUAAAACAGGAACUAUCUCAGAAGACAAAGGAACUCCGAUCUAAAGACAACCAGUUGAAAGACUUGGAGAAACAGAUAAAACAGAAAGAUGAGAAGUACAACAAAACAAAUGAGAAACUGAAAGAAGCUAACAAAGAGGUACAGGAGAAAUCAGGGGAAAUAAAAACGAUGAAAUCUCAGGUGCAGAGUCUGACAGACCAGGUGUCUCACCUAGAGGCCAAUAAAUCACAGUUAACUGAAGAAGCUCAUGUUUGGAGUGAGAAAGUGAAGGAGCUGACAGAGCAGCUAGACUAUGUGAAGGGAGAACAGAAACAGAUGGCUGAGGACUUAGCCUACAAAGAAAAUGAAAUAGAGGUUCUGAGGGACUGUUUCCUCCAACUGAAGGCGUUUCAGAGCCAGGCAGGGGAGGAGGGGGAAGAAGGGGAGGAAAACAGAGAUGAGACAGAUUCUGGAAAUAUUGAAUCCAAAUUGAAGUCCAUGAUGGAUGUGUCACAGGUUUCAGCAAAAUUGAAAGCCUCAGAGGAGGAGAAGAGAUCACUAGAGAACAGACUAGACAUAGAAAUGCAGAGUAGGAGAGACAUGGAAGAGAGGAUCUUGGACUUAGAAAGGAAGGCAGAAAAUCUUCAGUCAGACAAGAUGAAGGCUGAGCGACAAAACAGUGAAGCUCAGACAAAGUUAGAGGUCUUAUCCAGCUACUUCAAACAGAAAGAGCUAGAACUACAAAGGGAGUUGGGUGAACAGGAGGCUCUAAAGAAGAUGAACAUUAACAAGCUGGAGAACUCUGACACCAGAACAAAGAUGAUGCAGGAGGAACUCGAUGGAUCAAAGGCUCAAGUAGAAGAUCUUAAAAGGGAAAUUUUAUCAGCUGAGAGAGACUUCCGAUCUCAGAUUGCAGCUAAUGAAAAAAAAGCUCAUGAAAACUGGCUUGCAGCCCGGGCGGCUGAGAGAGAACUGAAGGAGACGAGACAUGAAGCAUCAGUAUUACGACAAAAGUUGACAGAUUUAGAGCGGCGCCUGAUGCAGGGACCCCCAGGUGGGCUGAUCAGGCCUGUCCCCUCACGAGGAAUGCCUCCACCAGGCAUGAUAAAUGGCCCUCCCGUACCUGGAAUGGAGAGGCCAGGAUCAAGAGGUCGAUUACCUCCAAGUGGUCCAAGAGAUGAGGAUUUCCCUGGAUCUCCAGGUCCAGAUUCAGAGAGGAGACCACCCCCUCCCAUAGGUCCUGACGACAGGAGAAUUCCACCCUUCCAUCCAGAGGACAGAAGAAUGCCCUUCCCAGAUGACAGAAGAGUUCCACCUAUGGAGGGCCCCGAUCGACGACAAACACCCAUGGGUUCCCGUGUGCCCCCUCCACAUCCCAUGGACAUUCGAUCCCCACCCCCAUUUGACAGGCGGCCUCCUCCCCCAGUGGAUAGAAGGUCACCACCUCCUUAUGAACGAGGGUUAAGGCUUCCUCCCCCUCCUUUAGAUUCAAGGUCACCAGGACAUAGAAUGCCAUUUCCUCCUGAUAUGCCUCCUCAUCUUCGAGGCCCCCCAAGGGGGCCCCUUUCUCCUCCUCUCCGGAAUGAGGGUCAGGGAAUAGACGGACCCCCUUAUCGACCCCCACACGACCCAGAUAGAGAACCAAGGCAACAGAGCCAGGUUUGAGAAAUUAGAGCAAAGGAUCACCAAAAGAGGACACAAGAACAAUAAACAAGGUCCCAAGAUGUCUCAAGAGAUUCAAAAAACAGACUUUGUGUUCAAUUAGCAUAUUUUAAAUUAGUAAAUAUAGACUAGCUUUUAAUGUGUGAAAAGGGUGUGAAAAAUUGGUACUAGUACAUGUACCUAAUGUUUAGAAACUGUGAUAAUAAACGGUUAUAAACCAGGUAUGUAAUAAUUGUAUGUUAAGGUGAUGUUUGUAUGUGAUUGUAACUUGUUUCUAAGAAAACAAUAGUAAGUGUUUUCUUGAUAAAGUAUUGAGAAUUUUCAGAAUGAUUUUUUUUUAUGUAAUUGACUAUGUUACUAUUAUGUGUAUUUCGAUGAAAGAAGUUUUGUAUAAUUGUACUUGAAGACCCAUUGUUUUAUCUUUAACAUUGGAUAUGAGCUCUUAUCUGGCCAAUACAUUCAUCUUCAAAUUCUACUUGUAGCAGCAAGUAAAAGUGUUUUCCUAGUUCUAAAGGAAAAUCGUAUUUUCAUUAUUGAUGUGGUAGUUACAACUAGUUAUUUACUAUUCUGUUGCCAUGCUGAACUAGUCACAUUCUUAGACAUUAUAAGUUCUAGGGUAUUUGAUCUCUUUCCAGAAUUAUCCCCCAUCUAUGUUAUCAUUCAUUAUGGAAACAUGAGGGCUGUUUUUGUCAUUUUUUCCUGUUGUUGGUACAUGUAUAUUUUCUGCAUCUUAUGUUGAUUAAUGUAGGUUAUUUAAACUCUGUUAAAUUUUAAAAUAGAUAAAGUUAUGAUUUGUGAAAUGUUUUACAGAAGUGUACAUCAAAUUAAUCAAGUUUUAUUGAAGAAAGUUGAGGGUUAUUUGCUAAACCAGCAGAUUAAUUUACCAUGCUUGCUAAAUAUAUCCCACAGUCCUCACUAUUUCUAACAAAUCUGGACAUUUUGGCACCCAGUGUAAACACUUAUUAUGUUAAAUGUGCCACUGAGUGCUUGUGAUUUCUUUGUGGAUGAAAUGAAGGAGACAAAUGAUUCUAGUGGUUCAUAAUUCAAGUAACUAAAAGAAGGUAUUGAGAUUAAAAAAAGAAAUAUAGGAUUAAUGAAAUUAUUUAUUCCACUUUAUUUUAAUUCCAUUUUAAAGAUAAAAUAUAUCUAUAUACAUAGAAAUAUUUCUUUUCCCAAAUGAAUUAAAAAUAUUUUGUCUGACCAAGCUGAUUUAAGGAAUUUUAUUACUCUGUUUAUCUUGCAUUUAAAGUGUCCAUUUUACAUCAUAUUACAUUUUACAUCAUCAGCAGUUAUAAUAAUUAUGAUUUUCCCAGGCUUAUCCAGCUUAGCAAUUAAUAUCAAGUUUAUCUGUUGUUAUCUCUGUUUAAGGUGCCCUUUUUCUUUUUGUGUGAGACAUGAAGAUUUAUUUGACCUAAGUAGUGUCCCUUCAAUGAUUGUUUUGUCGAAGUACCUCUAUUUCCAAUCUUGAAUUUCUUUACUCAUUUUGUGGGUUGUGUUUUGUAUAGAACUAUUUUUACUAAUUACUUGAUAUAUUGUUGAUAAUAAAAAAAAUCAUGGUAGCUAAAUGGCUUAUGUUAGCUAAUAUUGUAUACUAGCUAGUUUUAAAUUAUUCUCUGUGAAUCUGCAUGAACAUCUCUGAAUGUUUUAAGGACAUUGGUUUCUGAAUUUUCCCAAAUAAUUUUUGUAGAGGGGGAAUGUUUCCCAGUGAUAAAUUAUUGUUAAAUAACUUUUCUCAUGAUAAAUUACACAUGCUUUGAUGAAAAGAAAGAGGAACCAAAAUUAAAUAAGAAAGAAACAACCAACAUUUGAGAUGGAGCUUUUGAAGCUUGCUGAAAGAAAUGUAUGUGUGAUUUAGAUGUAAUUUAAUUGAUGAGAAAAUAUGUUCAUGUAUUCCUAUUAAGGAAGCAAAUAAAAUGUUUAAAAUUAU